CCAGAUCCGAGCAGCUUUUCUCCAGUGAUGCUCGUCUCUCUCCUCAUCUGCGAGGACUUUAACAAAUAAAGCCUAGUUUCUUCUGCUCGGGGACUUUGCUCGUGUAAUCGGACUGUUUAGAUGUGUUAUUCUGACUGUGAGGAGAGACUAUGUGUUCUUCAGGAUGGGUGCGAACAAUGGCAAACGGUGUGGAAGUGAAGGCAAGGCUAGCUCCAGUAUCUCCUCCGAUGUGAGCUCCAGCACUGAUCACACGCCCACCAAAGCUCCCAAGAAUGUGGCUACCAGUGAAGAUUCGGAUUUGAGCAUGAGGACGCUAAGCACUCCCAGUCCUGCCCUCAUUCUGAAGUCAAACCCUUCCUGUGUCUCCCCUCAAACAGUCCCAAAUGGCCAUGAAACGUCUUCCACAUCUUUUAACGUCACUGGGGAAACAGUUGCCCUGGUUCACCCGCCUCCAGGCACUCGCCCACGGCCUUCUAAAGUUCCUCCCACCACUCUCAUUGAUAUCCUGCCCGAUUCUGUUUUACUACACGUCCUGUCUUACCUGUCCACCCCUCAGCUGUGCCGCUGCGCUCGAGCAUGCCGCCGCUGGUAUAACCUGGCCUGGGACCCGCGACUCUGGAGUACCAUUCGUCUGACCGGAGAGCUGCUGAGCGCUGACCGAGCCCUCAAAGUGCUCACCCAUCGGUUGUGCCAGGACACUCCCAACGUCUGUCUGACCCUGGAGACAGUCGUGGCCAAUGGCUGCCGGAGGCUGUCUGAUCGAGGGCUACGUGUGGUAGCUCAGUGCUGUCCAGAACUGCGGCGUUUGGAGGUUGCAGGCUGCUAUAAUGUGUCCAACGAAGCAGUGUUUGAUGUGGUGUCCCAGUGUCCCAAUCUGGAACAUCUAGACAUAUCAGGCUGCCCUAAAGUGACCUGUAUCAGCCUGACGGAGGAGGCAUCUCUACAGCUCACACCUCUACAUGGACAGCAGAUCGGCCUGCGAUACCUGGACAUGACAGACUGUGUAUCACUGGAGGACAAAGGCUUGAGGACCAUUGCCUUUCAUUGUCCAUGUCUCACACACCUCUACCUGCGGCGCUGCAGCCGGCUAACAGACGAGGCCCUGCGGCAGCUAACACUGCACUGCACUGCUUUACGUGAGCUUAGCCUUAGCGACUGCCCUCUUAUUGGAGACUUUGGCUUACGUGAGGUCGCUCGCCUGGAGGGCCACCUACGCUAUCUGAGUGUGGCACACUGUAUGCGCAUAACAGACGUUGGACUGCGUUAUGUAGCACGUUACUGUCCGCGGCUCCGCUACCUGAAUGCACGGGGAUGCGAGGGGUUGACGGACCAGGGUUUGAGCCGCUUAGCUCGCAACUGCCCCCGAUUGCGGUCUAUAGAUGUUGGCCGCUGCCCAUUGGUGUCAGACGCCGGGUUGGAGGUGUUAGCACACUGUUGUGAAGGGCUACGAAGGCUGAGUCUGAGAGGCUGUGAGAGUUUGACAGGGAGAGGGCUCGUGGUGCUAGCAGCGGGAUGUCCCGAGCUGCAGUUACUAAACGUACAAGAGUGUGAGGUGCCACCUGAGGCACUUCGACUGGUGCGACAGCACUGCAGACGCUGUGUAAUCGAACACACUAUACCUGCUUUCUACUGAGGGGACAGGUUGGGGACGCCAGAGGCGUCAACCUCUGAAAAACAGAUGUUUAUACUUUUUGCAUUCCUAUGACUGCCUGAUGAGAUGUAACGAAGUGGAUGUGUCUCAAAAUCUAGUGCAUGGGCGCUCAGUACUGCUCCUGGAAGGCCACUUUUGCAGAGUUUAGCUUUAACUCACCUGACCAAAAAUUUUGAGUAAUCCUCACUGUAAUUGGUUGGUUCAGAUGUUCAGAUAAUUUGGGCUUGGAGCUAAACUCUGCAGGACAGUGACCUUCUAGGAGCAGGACUGGACGUUCUUUAC